AUGAAUCAUCGCCAAUUCAAAGGAUUCCUGAAAGAUAUGGAAGCGGAGUGUCGGGAUAUACCUUACCACAGUACAGUUCGUUGGCUGAGUCGGGGAAAAGUUCUUGAUGUUUUCUCUGCCAUUCAUGAGGAAAUAUCCCUUUUUCUCGAAAUGAAAGGGGAAGAAAUGCAUUGUCUGAAAGAUAUAAACUGGAUAACAGACCUGGCGUUCCUAGCUGACAUAACUAUGCAUUUGAAUAAUGUAAAUCUGUCAUUGAAGGGCAAAGGGCAGCUAAUCGUUGACAUGCACGACCAGAUAAAAGCCUUCAUGGAAAAGUUACGUUUAUUUGAGAGGCAGAUGAAUAAUGGACAUUUAACGUUCUUCAAUCGUCUUGCUUCUUUAAACUACCUGAAGCUACUACUUUCGGCGAUUACCAAGCAAAGUUAA